AUGACAUCGAACCCUCCGGCCGAACCGCGGCCUCCUUCCUUGAAACGUCCUCCCGAUCAAAUCCGUCCACCCCACGAGCGAAUCCCAAGCAAUCCUUUCCUCACAAGUGGGCGGCUGCCUCAAGCUCAAAGACAAAUAGUAGUCGGCGAGGAUGGGGAGGAUAGGCCGGCGAAAAGGCGAAGGGUUGAAGGCGUUCCCGCCACAACCCAGGCAGUCAUCAGCCCCAGUGGGAACAGCAAUGGCAUCAUAGUUGACCCUUCAAUCGGCACCCAAGAGCCACAACUCCGCUUGGUGAAUAUGUCGACGAUCAACCAGGAGAUCAGAAGACAGGAGAUGAAGAACGAACAAGAGAGAGGCAACGACACCGAAUUGCCCGAACUACCACCUCGUCCAUGGGCUCAUGCACAGCGUUCCAAAGUCUCCGACGACACCAAACCGAGUCACCGAUCGCGAGUCCAUAUUCCCGUACCAACUACUCCCGAUUCGAUGAAGGAGCCUUCCUCGGCACCUCACUUUGUUCAGCAACGACCUGCAGGAUUUUUCCCGUGGACUGGGAAACAUCCGGAAGAUUUGUUGAAUGAGAUGACCGUUAAGCAGGGCUACUUCGACAAACCACCAAACCCGACCGAGAAAGAGUUGAAUACUGCGCGUGUUCCGCUAUAUAAUGCGUUCAAGCACAAAGCCGGCGUAGAUAAUCUGUCUAUACUCCUCUCACUUGUUCUCGAACAGAAGAACCAACACGGUCUCAUCAGUUCCGUCUCCAACUUCAAACCACCUCCACGAGUGACCCUUACUGAGGCGAAACGGAAAUCCUGGAUUGCGGAUCUGGCGAAUGCGGAUGUUCCCUUGCGGAGACUGAGCAGGACGAUUCCUCAAGGUAUCAGAGGUCAGAUUUUACUCGAUCAAUGUUUGCAACAUGUCGUUCCCUUGAGUCGAGCCAUAUGGUUUGCCAAGUGUGUAUGUGCCAACGAAAUUCGGACGUUGAAACGUAAGGGGACCACCCAUGCCGUCGCGAUCGGCGCCGAGUAUAAGUGGCUAAGAGAAUGGACCAUCAAUGUGGAACAAUUCAUUCAGGCGCAAUUGGGUCAGAGCCAUCUCGAGGACUGGCGAUCAAAUAUACAAUAUGCCCUUCGAUUGGUCACUCGACUCUAUUUGGAAAAUCUAUUGGAUAGAGACCACUAUCUGGACUGGAUUGUCAAGACUUUUGGAUCUGCAAAACUCGACACUGUACCGUUUUGGCUGAUGGUUAUACAAAUAUACAAGGAUGACUUGACUCAAUUCCGCAGGAGGGGAACGAAGCUGGCAGAGGCAUUCCUUUUGAGAUUUGAUGGCAUCAGAAAAUCAACCGUUUCGACAGAACUUCCUCUCAAGCAAAAACUUCACCAGAUGUUGAGGAGGCUGCUUUUAUCGAAACCCUCGAGUUUUCUGAUGCCGGACAAGUGGCCAGAAUAUGUCAAGAUCGUUGAAUCAUGCCUCGAUUUGGAUUCUCUUUACGAGCGUCAGAUUUUGUCACAACUGAACAAGAUCAACAAAAGAACCAUGGGCUAUAACCGCCGGGAACUGGUCUCUCAACGUUCGCCGGAGCAAGCUGUCAUCGAAAUUCUGGACCGUUCCUCUGCCCCUUACGAUAUUCGAACCCUCGAUCACAAUCUGGCGGAUGCCUGUCAGGACACAACGCUCCUGAUAUCUACUUGUCUUGGAUGGGCAACGACACCUUUCCAACAUUCCAAUGGCAAAACAUUUUUGUUCGCUCGCCUAGUCAAACGUUGGAGAAAGGCUGGUCACGAAGUCGACUCCAUUAUACUAAACCAUAUCUCGUUGUGCCGUUCGGGCAAAGUCUCGGUAGACGGUGCAGCUCUAAGACGACUUAUAGCACAACUCUCGCGGUCGGGAUCAUUUCCGGUUGGGAAAUAUAUUCAGUGGCUCAUGGUGCGAGGGUUACCUAAGAAGGGGUCAAUCACCCCCCUGGACCUGGGUUUCGCGCUCGAUGUCAAUAGCAAAUCAACAAUCGACCAUCCUGUCGAUUCGGACCCUACUCAACUUCUACUCGACAUAUCCUUGCAGACUAUUGAAAGCCACACUGUCAAUCUCCGGAACUCGGUGUUGAGUCGUGCUGGAUUUGAUAUUGACAUGGAAGGCCAAGUAAUUCAGGAUAGCAAGGAGGCUGUCACACAAGAGUUGAAACGGCUUAGCUCCGCAAUGCAGAGAAACCCGAUCAGUCAAGUUCUCCCACAUCCCGCAUUCUCACGAUUACCAUGGACGGUACGAUCAACUAUAUCGAUGUGGUUACGUUCGCAUGUUGCUGAGGCUGUUAAGGCGAGUGCACCUAGUGCAGACGCCCACGCAAUACUGACCAGCCACAUGAUGAUCAAUUGCGAACAGUUUUAUUAUAUUCGACAUGUUCUCGAAUCCUUGGAAGACGAUGCUGUCCUUGCCGAUGUCGUUGGCAUUCUGAGCUCGACUCGUGAUGAGGAGCUGCUUUCUUCCCUGGUAGCUACUCUACAAUAUCACGCCAAUGCAUUUUCCGCUUUAGGUGCGCUGGAGCCUUUGCAACGUCAAAUCUGUCAGAUAUAUAUGAGUUGGAGAGCUGUUCGACCAACAAUGCCAUACUUGUCUUCUGCGCUCCUGGAUCUCUGCACUAGCUUCCCGGUCAAGGUGCCGUCAGUCAAACUGCUACAGCAAGAUUUUGUACGCGGAGAUCGUGGACGUGCGGUUGCGGCCUGUUCUCCAUAUUCAGAUGGAAUCGCCGAAUCGUUACAACAGGCAGGAGCCACGUUCAUCGAAGACUUUGAGGCGAUUCUACAGUCGGAACCUAACAUGAAUGAGCAAACCAUGAACGGCAUGUUCUCUGUAUUGACUGAUCGUAUUGAAAAGCAAAGCAAGUUCCCCGAGGACACGUCGACAUUAUUCUCAUUUUGCCAGCUCCUCAGCCGACUGAAACUCUGUCGCAGAGCCCAAGGCGACGCCCUGGUCAAGAAGUGGUUUCCUCGACUUCUUGUAACUCUGGAAGAGAGUUUCGGAACCAUUCUUGUUCGAGAUCUGAUCGCUACUGGGUGUUUGACGUUUCAGGGUAUCUUUGAAGCUGUGAAUGUUCAGAAAAUGGAAAUUCGGAAAACCUCGCCCGUCAUGGAUGUCUUGAAAGAGUCUUUGGGUCUUUCCGGUGGGCUGCGUCAGGAUUCUAUCAUCUAUCAAGUCCGGACUAAAUGGUGGGAAUACGUUGGACGAGAGCCAAGAGCCGCUCUGGAAAAUCUCUGUGUAGCCGGACUCAAGGACGAGUUACAGGGUUCGGGAAGAAAAUUGUUGACAUGCCUUGUGAGCGACAGUUCUACCAAGACGCCUUCGAUGUCUGCACAGGCAAGCGAAUGGACGGUCAAAGCGCUAGACAAGCUUCUUCUCAGUUCCAGCAACUCAAACAAGGACUCAGAGUUGAGGGCGCUGUUCGGGUCGAUCGAUGGUUUCUCUCAUCGAUUCGUCCAACUGCGCUUCUCACUCAAUGCGCCGAUCACAUCUGGUAAGGGUUCCGGCACCGAUAGUGAGGAUCUUGUCAACGGACUAUUCGAGGCACUGGAUCAUCAAAUGAGUGGAGAAGUCGGCAUCGCUGGUGAUGUCUCUCGAUUUUCACAGCUUCUUCAGACAGUUGGCACAGAUGUGGCGAAUCGGUUGCGACACAAGGUCGAAGCUGAAUUCCUUGAAGCCCUGCCAAAGACGUCAUGGAACAAAGUCGCGAGCCCUAUGGCGGCGACAUUUCCCAGUGAUGUUCAGCACUUGUCCUCGAUCGUGGAGCGAGCUUUUCAUGUCUGCACACCAACAACGACGCCAAUGCCCGGGCUUAUGCCUCAAUUGAUAGACAAGCUAUCCCACCUGAUCAAGUCUGUUGGAAAUCACGGAGUUGCAUCCACGGCACCAGUCAUUCCCGGAUUAUCGAGUAACCCUUCUAGCAUGAGCCCGGCCCAAGCCAUGAAUAUCACGUCCAGUCCGAUGGCGAUGUCAUCUGACAGCGCACCCGCAGCAUUGCCCUCAUCGAUCUUGGAAUAUCUUCGAUGUAUGUUGCAGAUGAUAUGUCUCCAGCGAGCAGGACUGGCCGCAGCUGGACGGGCACCCAAUGGGAAACAAGGACAACAGGAACAAGUGCAACUUCUGGUACGGCUGACAUUGAUCGCAACCCAGGCUAUGUUCACCUCCCCAGCCAAUAGCUUCAGCGGCAAGGACGACCAGCAAAUGGCAACCGCUCUCCGAGGUUUCACUCUUGACGUGAUCGCCACCAUCAUAGACGACGCAAGCGACGAGGUCAAAAUGCUGAGUGCCAAGAUGUUGAAGGAGAAGCUCUCUCAGGAAAGUCGGCUUGUCCACCUCUUCGGCACAGUCAACGGCAUGGGCUCGGUGCAAAUUUCGGAUGCAGGUCAUGGACUUCUCAUUGGCAAGGAGGGCAAGGGUAUUCUCGGUGAUUGGAAGCCCCGUGUGUGGGAGGUGAUCGAUCACGGCAGUGGCAAGGACAGUGAUACUUCACUUGGAUUGGGAUUGUUUGGUGCCCGGCAUGGAUGA